UUUAAACUGAGCAUGCGCAGAACAUGUUGUAAACAAUGAGACUAUUCCAGACCGUCUUCAGCUUUGUGUCUACCCAACAGUUUAUCUGUGCACAACUAACAACGAUUUCGCAUAGUUCCUCGUAUAUGAAAUAAAAAUGUCCCGUGGGAGCUGAAGCAUGGAGGCGGUUCUGAGCAGGCUGAGGGGGCUAAGUGCUGAUGAACUGCGUGAGGAGUUUACCCGAGCAGACCUCCAGUGCGGCCCUAUCACAGCUACCACCCGAGCCACCUUUGAAAGGAAGUUAGCCCGAGUCUUGGCUGGGCCAGAGAGCAGUGCCACUGAAUCGGACAGUUCUUCAGCAGGCGUCUCGGGUUAUGUGGCCUCCGUUGCCGAACAUGCCAAACCUGUGUCAUGUGCCACCUCAGCAGUUGCACCCACCACUGCUGCAAGAAGCAGCAAGCCCACUGAGACUGCCAGUGAAGAAUUGGACUUUGGCUAUGGUGUGGGUCUCAACCCUCCAGACGAAGAGGAGAUCUCAGAAAAGACGAUCUCAGGCAGCGCUGCUGAAGGCAGUAACUCUCAGUCCAAAACAGAAACCCCUUCAAAGUCGGCACAAGUUUCUCCAACCUUUUAUUUUGGAGUAUGUCCACUGUGGGAGGAUGUUUUGGCUAGAAAUGAGAGAGCACAUGUGUACACAGAUAAGAAAGAUGCCCUUCAAGCUGUAAAGCAGAUGAAGGGAGCCCGCUUCAAAGCCUUCCCCAAUCGCGAGGAUGCUGAGAAGUUUGCUAAGGGGAUCUGUGACUAUUUCCCUUCUCCCAACAAAUGUACACCCUGUGUAUCUCCUGUCAAACCAGGCCUGGUCAUUAGUAAAGACAACAUGGAGGUUGAUACCGUCAACCGGGAGCGAGCCAACAGUUUCAAGAGCCCACGCACACAGGACCUGACCGCCAAGCUGAGGAAAGCUGUGGAGAAGGGGGAUGAGGUGGUCUUUAGCGAGCUGGUGUGGACCAACCCUCGCUAUCUCAUUGGCUCAGGGGAUAAUCCCACUAUUGUGCAGGAGGGCUGCCGGUACAAUGUCAUGCACGUGGCUGCCAAGGAGAACCAGGCAGGAAUUGCCCAACUGCUGCUCGACACCUUGGAAAACCCAGAGUUUAUGCGGCUCAUGUACCCAGACGACCAGGAAGUUAUGCUGCAGAAACGUAUCCGCUACAUUGUAGAUCUUUACCUCAACACUCCAGAUAAGGCUGGCUUUGAAACACCACUUCACUUUGCCUGUAAGUUUGGGUGCCCAGACGUGGUCAAUGUCCUGUGCUCGCAUCCUGACAUCGAUAAGAAUUGCAAGAACAAGGAUGGCCACAGGCCAUGUGAUGUUAUUUGUAGCAGAAAAAAUAAAACACAAGAAGUGAAGCAGAAGAUAAGUGACUAUUUGGAGGACCGCUGCUAUAUUCCUUUGCUGAGGGCGGCUGACAACACGUCUCAGCCCAUCAUUGGUGCUCUGUGGUCACCUGAGUCUUCAGAAAGUCUCUCGCUGAUCCAGCGUCAUACAAGAAGCCCUAUGGAUCCAGUGAUGACUGUCACAGCCUUUGCUGGUCCCUUGAGCCCUUCUAAAGCAAAUGAUUUUCGUCGGUCCUGGAAAACGCCUCCGAGAGACCGGGCAGAGCUUUUCCACCACAUUCUUAAAUCUGAUCCUGACCGUGGGGCAGAGAGAGUGGGCAGAGACCUGGCUCAUGUGAUGGGCCACCCAUGGGCUGAGUACUGGGACUUUCUAGACAGUUUUGUGGAUCUGUCGUCAGCUGAGGGGCUGCGCAAGCUGGACGAGUACCUCAGCAAGAGGGAUUUCAGCCCUCUGGUCCAUGAAGAGGCUGGGGAGAAUGAAACCAGCAACAGGUUCAAAACCCCCUCUCCAGUUAUAUGUCUGUGUGGGGCAUCCUCCCUGCUUGCAGGCAAGCCCAAGAAGUUCUGCAACUCCAUCUCUGUUGGUGCCUUCCUGGACGAGGGGGAUGACAUCAGCCUUGAGGAGAUGAAGAACCGUCAGAACGCAGCACUCACCAGCAUCACCUCCUCUGCUGCAUCCAAGGACGGCCUGAAGGGAGCAGUGGGUGGCCGUGAGUUUCACAUCCUGCCCAUCGCACUGCACCACCGUGGGGCCGACCUGAUCGAGACGGCGGCCGAGCAAGACCUGCUGUGCUGCUGCGAUGACGGCCUCCUGUCGCCCGGCGUAGUCUGCAAAAAUGGGGUGUGCUCCUCCUCCAGAGAUAGGACUCACAAUGGAGACAAGGUGACCCCUCGCACCUCCCCGUCCUCCUCCUGCCUGCUGUCGCCCAUCUCCAACCUUAUGGUGGAGUUUGAGCGCAUGUCGCUGCAAGAGCCGCUAGACAGCCCCACCACCAGCUGCAGGGAGAGGAGGAGCAGUGGCGGGAGCCGCCACAGGGAUGUCCGGGACUCCUCCUCGGCCACAGACCUUAGCUCUGGGCUGAACCGUCUGUCUCUUGGUCACAGCAGUCAGGACAGUGAGACCGUUGAGGGGCCAGGCUGGAGAACAGAGGGAGGAGGAGAGACAGAGGAGAGGCGCAGCAGUGGCAGCUCAGAGGAGUACUUUGAAGUAGAGGAGAGUCUGGAGGUGCUGGGCAGGACUAGGGGGUCAGUUUCAGGGGGGCGCAACUUCUGUGCUAGGUCCAAGUCAUGGGACCACGGGGGAAGGGACCUGAGCAGCUCAGGAUCCUCUGGGUCCUCCUAUAAGUCCUUAGAUAACUCCAAUGAGUUCCUACCCAGGACCCCACCGCACAUUAGAAGAGGACUUUUCAUUGAAGGGGAUUCACCAAGCAAGUUGGACAGAGAGGUCUGGUCAGCAAUAGAAGGCAUAGACGUCGAUCCCCAGAAGUAUCCCAGCAUUCAGAAGUGGAAGAGCACAAUGAAGUCGUACUCUGGAUCAGACAUGCAGAGCUGGCCCAGCCCGGCGGUGGUAAAACCACGACUCAGGAUGCAGCAUCAGACUCCGGUCUCUCCAGUCAGCGGCCUGAUGUCUCCCACCGGUCGCUUCAGUCCAGCCCGGCACGCCGCCUCACCGGACUUCAGCCCCAGCCGUUACAGCCCUGCCAAUGCUAGCUACAUCCAGCGCAUCCGCCUCAAGCACUUGAACGAGCCACCAAUCUAACUGCCCACGGCUCUCCUGCCUCCCAUCACUUACGGCCAUACCCUCUCCAAGAUCCCACCCUCUCCUUCCCACUACAAACCCAGCUGCACCAAGGUGGCUACACCAGAGCUCAGAAACCACAUACCUAACAGAAAUAUGCACAAGUGUCUGGAAGAUUUGUAUUAAUGAUGUAUGGUACUACUCCUAUGUAAUACAGAAAUUCUCAUCACGUUGGGUUGUGAUGUACACUCAAGACUUUAAAAAGGAAAAAAAGAAACCUUGAUAAUUUAUGUACUGUAUGGGUGUGGACCAUGUUGAAUUGACGGUAAUGUUAUUUGUGGCAAGUGUGAAGCACCUGUAUCAUAGCCUGAGUCAACUUUUUUGAAUAUCGUGAAUACAAGUCGCACUCCCCAAAGUUAGUUCAUCACUAAAACCUUAGUGUGGAAUCCUCAAUAGGAUUCUCUCACUGAAGAUGUUCUUAAAAAAAGUAAAAUGUCAAUAUUUUAAAAGUUAUUUUUUGUAUGUUGGUCAGUAGCACAAAAUUUAAAUGUUUUUAUUAAUGGUGUUAAAACCGACUGCCAUUUCCUAUGUUUUCCUCAGUUCAGGAAUUGCCUUAAUUUUCUGAAGUGAUGGACCAGUUUCUGUCAGUUUGGACACUCUCUAGUUCAUACAUGAAAUAUCUGGAAAUGGCGACCUCACUGGCUGCAUUGGUCCAGAUGAUUACGGCAAACAUGGGAAAAACUGAUAAGACUGAAAUCUUCCAUGUUUUUUUUAUUUUGUUCUUUAAUAAAUGCAUACAUUGUCCAUCUUUUCUCGGUGGUUCCUGGACAUGUCUUGACUUUUCCUUUCUGCCACUACCUGUGGCCUUAGACUGUGCAAUUUUUAUUUUUUCUCUGAAAUAUCAUUCAUUCACAAGCAUCUCCAACAGUGCGAGUAUGAAUGACAAAACACACCCAUCAGUAAGUGUAAUUUCAAAUUUGUCUUGCCUGGUCUAAACCUCAAAAUUACCCGGUCUGGGACCACCUUAAAGCUGUAGUAAGUGAUUUUCAACCACUAGGGGGCAGAAAGACUCCAAAACUAACUCAAGGGUAACAGAACCCUGAUAUAAUUAUGAGCUUAUUAUGACCAUCUUGUUAACAAAAACAUGCCUUACACAUACAGGGAACCCAACGGAGUAUCUGAGUAGAUGGAGUUGGGUGUUAAUUCCCAGUGGGAUCAGCAGUACUCACACCCUUUUCACAUUACAAGUAGUUUGAUUCAGUGUUAAUUUAAAAACUAGCACUUAAUAGAGCUUUAAUGCCCAAAGUUAUGUCAUGAAUCUCGUAGGUAGUUCAGACUGGCUUAAAGUAAACUCGUACACGUGGUAGGUUCUUGCAGUUCUCCAAAACAUGGUGGAAUUAGCACAAUCCUGCUGUAUCCAAAUUAUUUACAACUUUGAGUUAGAGUCACUGCUGUAUGAGAGUUUAUCAGCUAUGUCUAUGACAAAAAUAGCCAAUCAUUUUAAAUAUUCAGAUUGCCACUCUACUUGAGAGAAACCAGUGUUCUGAAUGUAAUUUUUUUGUGAACUAAACCUUUAUGUGAGAGCACAAACUACUUCACUGAGAAGAUUGUAUUGUCAUCCUUGUGCUCUCAGGUGACAACAGAUCUAAUUCUGGUCUCUGAAUGUUUAUGAAUGUGGAACUUUGCAAAAAUGCACCUAAAAAACUUAAAACAUGCUUCUUGUGCUUUCAGCAUUCUGUGCUUUAUUAAAAAUUAACUUUCAUGGUGAAUUCUCUUUCUGUAUGUCUAGACUUCAUUUGCUUUCAAUUAAUCAAUAAAAACAUCACUCCUACUUUA